AUGGCCAUCACCAAUGGAACCACCAAUGGUACCCAUAAUGUACCGUCAAAAAGAUACCAAGCUGUGUUUUCGUCGGAGAAUAUACCAUCCUCGGAAUUCCAACAGCGGAUAGAGAAAGUGCGCAAUGGUGUGAAAGCAGCUGGUCUUGCGGGCUUGAUCUCCUUUGGCGAUUGCUGGCGCGGUGCGAAUGUAUGUUACUUCACGGAAUUCAGGCCCCUCGACGGCGUUUCAGACAUUGCAAACGCCAUAUUCUUUCUCGGAGCAGAUACGGAGCCCAUGUUGUUUGUAUCAAAGCAGUGUGUCCAUUAUGCUUCAGAGGUCACCACGUUCGACGUAUUCAGUUUCGAUGAGAUGCGGUCCAAGCUGGAAGCUUUCUCGAAAGAACGGACCGGCACGUUGGCGCUCGCUGGUGAAGCUUAUAUACCCGAGGACCUUCACCGACGGAUCAAGGCUGCCAUUGGAAAUUUGAGACUCGAGCCUCACCCAGUCCUCGCCGAGAUAAAGGCUGUCAAGAGCGAGCAUGAGAUUGCGCUGAUACGAAAGGCGUCGUACCUCACGGAUCAGGCCAUGGAGGCGAUCAAGGAGGCUCUUGCGGACGGCCAGCCUCAUACUGAACGCGAGCUGGCCCUGUUAGCGGACCAGAGGAUGCUGGCAGGCGGUGCCGAAAGGACGGCGUACGAUUCGAUGGUUCAGACUGGUUAUCGGUCUGCGUUCAAUCUGGCGAGGCCCACGGACCGAGUUGUCCAGCCGGGCGACUUGGUCAUGACGGACAUCGGGGCCCGUUAUCGAGGUUACUGUGCCGACGGUGGUCGCGGAUUCAUUUACAAAACAGAGCAAGCGGACGCUCGGAAAAAGGAAAUCGUCAGAGCAGCUGCUGAUGCCGUCGAGGCAGGGCUGGCUCAUGGGAAGCCAGGUAUGACGGCGUCGGAAUUGAACGGAUUCAUGCAGCAAGCCUUGGUAAAGUCGGGAUAUGAACAGUAUUCUAGUGAGGCGCGAGGGCAUGGAACAGGGCAUGGGACUGGAAUGGAUCCGGAGGAGGAGGCUCCCUGGAUUGGUCCUGGAAACAAGACCGUCCUAAGGGAAAACAUGGUGUUCACUUUGAAGGCGACAAUUACGGUCCCUGACGUCGGGGGUUUGCGCACGGAGAGGAUCGUGAGGGUGACUUCAACAGGACUUGAAGCCCUUGAUGUGUAUCCCAUGGAACUCUACUGGUAG